AUGUCUUCGCCGUGGCAACUACCCAUGCCAUCGCCAUGCGUCUUGCAGCAUGUUGUCGAUGUCCAUUGUCACCCGACAGACUCACCCGUAACGCCAGCAGCUAUGGACCAACUACCAAUAACAAUUUGCGCCAUGUCUUCUCGCCCUUCCGACCAGUCCCUCGUGCGAGAUCUGGCGUUGAGAUAUCCUGAAAAAGUCGUCCCGUGUUUCGGAUGUCACCCGUGGUUUUCUCAUUGGAUCUCCCUGAAACCACGUGUUUCGCGGGAGGAACACUACCGCCGACUUUUCUCUCCUUCCAAUGAACGAGAAGACACGUUUAGAACGAUGCUGUCUUGUUUACCCGAUCCCGUGCUGUUGGAGGACGUGCUCCUUACGCUUCGCCAGAACUUCGAAGCGUUUCCAAGGGCGAUGUUAGGAGAAGUUGGUAUCGAUCGGGCUGCUCGCAUCCCAGUGGAUCAUUCUGCUAGCAUUGUGGAACUAACGCCUUUCACGGUCCCCCUUGAACAUCAGCUCGCCAUUCUGGAGGCACAGAUGGACGUGGCAGUAGAACUCGGUCGCAAUAUAAGCCUUCACAGUGUAAAGUCCCAUCAAGCUACCUUGGACCUUUUGAAUCGAAUGCACGACAAAUACAAGGCCAGUUGGUUGCAUAUAAAUAUCGACUUCCAUAGCUGCGGCGUUAGCAAACGCCAUCGCAAUGUUUUCAUGUCGUUGUCCACCGCUAUAAACGGUCGUUCGCCAAACCACAGGGCACUCAUAGCGGCUUGUUCUCCUCACCGCAUCCUGGUCGAGUCGGACUAUCACGCUAUCGAAGGGUGCACCAGACGCACUUGGGACAUGGUGCUUACUGUUGCUGAAGUUAAGGGGUGGUCUGUGGAGAUGACCUGGAUCGACGAUGACAUUAGAGAAGAAGAGUGGGGUGUGGUCCGACAUCUGGAGAACAAUUGGCACGAGUUUCGCCUUCGAAAUCACGCUGCUCCGCAGUCAGCAAGAUGA